AUGGAUAAUAGAAGAUGCAAUCUCUUUGCAAACUGGAUCGACAGAUGCGGCCUUCUAGAUCUUGGAUGUGUGGGAUCCAAAUUCACUUGGAGAGGUCCGAUAUGGGAGGGUUAUGGCAGAGUUUUUAAAAGGCUUGAUAGAGCCUUAGCGAACGACCAAUGGAGAACAAAGUUCCAAGACCACAUUGUGCAAGUGUUACCUAGAAUCAAUUCAGACCACCAUCCCAUUCUUAUCACUGAAGCCAAAUUUCUCAAAGAAGACAGGCCUUUCAUAUUUGAAAUCAUGUGGACUCAACAUCCAUCUUUUGAGCAUUUCCUUCAUCAACAUUGGAACAAAAAGAGUGGUCUUAACAACAUCCUCUCCACUGUCCGAAAUGAAUUGAAAGAGUAG